AUGAUGUUUCUUCGUCCUAUUUCCAGAACCUUCACCUCGCGAUUGCGUACAAUGUCGACCAACAACAACAAUCAGAAACCUUUGCUUGCACUUCCAGCCACUGCAGAAGAAACAGUAAAAGUGGACGUCAAUGACACGUACAAGUUGAAGGAAUUAGGACCAGUGGUGGUCAAUGAGGAUGGCUCGCUAAGUCGUAUCAACAACUGGCAUGAGAUGGCCGAUAUCGAAAAGGAAAAUGUCAAUCGCAUCCUGUUGAAGCGUAACCGAGCACGCCUUGAACGACUCAAGAAGCAGCAGCAAGAACAACAGUAA